ACUAAAGUUGUUUACCUUUUCCCACAACCGAUCAUACGGCUCGAUUUCCCUGUGACCCUUGACCUUGGUAAAACUAUUCCCUCAUCUCUACUGGUAAUGUUUUCAUUCCAAAAGAUAUUUAUAAAAUUAUCAAAAAAGAGAAAAAUGACAGAUGUAAUGUCCAAGUUUCCCAGAUUCAUGUCAGUGUUUUAUUUUAAGAUGAUCUUUUAAGAUGAUCUUUUAUUUCAGUGUUUCUCAUUCACUACUAAUAAAUCCUGACUGUUACUUUAAGAAUCUGUAACUGCAAAUAACAACCCGGCUCUUUAAAUGUGAUCACAAUGUAGGCCCUAAAUAUACAGCAGAUAGAAUAUAUGACUAUGAGAAGUGUCCAUGAACAGGUUAAUAGUGACUGAUCUUGUGCUUUUCAGCCCUGCCCUUUGGAGAGAAUUAUAAAACCCGCCCUCUGAUUUUUGAGUGUCAGAGAAUUGUAGUUUUGUCUCCCUUUUCCUGUGUCGGCCAUGGCGUCUUCUGCUCUGAGAGACGAGCUGGACUGUUCCAUCUGUCUGAUCACUUAUACAGAUCCUGUAAUGCUGAGAUGUGGACACAACUUCUGCCGGGUCUGUAUUGAUCGUGUGCUAGAUACACUGGACCAGUCUGGAGUUUAUUCCUGUCCUGAAUGUAGAGAACAGUUUCAGGAGCGGCCUGCACUGAUGAGGAACAUCGCUCUGAGGAAAAUAAUGGAGAACUUCCUGGUUACUGAUCCAACACCGACAGAACCCGGGAUCUUCUGCACUUACUGUGUGGACUCUCCUGUCCCUGCUGUGAAGUCCUGUCUGCACUGUGAGGCUUCUCUGUGUGAUAAACAUCUGAGAACUCACAACAAGUCACCAGAACACGUCUUAUCUGAGCCCAGAACUUCUCUGGAGAACAGGAAAUGUUCUGUCCAUAAGAAGGUCCUGGAAUAUUACUGCACUGAGGACGCUGCUUGUAUCUGUGUGUAUUGUUCAGCAGGAGAACAUCGGGGACACCAGGUGGAGAUGAUGGAUGAGGCCUCUGAGAAGAAGAAGAAGAAACUGAGAAAUGUUCUCCAGAAACUGAUCACGAAGAGAGAGGAAAGAGUCCAGAAACUGGAGGAGCGUAGGAGAAAAGCUCAACAAAAAGCAGCUGGAGAAGUGGAGAGAGUCACUGCCCUGUUUAUAGACAUCAGGAGACAGCUGGACGACCUGGAGAAGAGGGCACUGAGUGAGAUCUCCAGGCAGGAAAAGGAAGAGUCACUGUCACUGUCUGCUCUGAUCCAUCAGCUGGAAAUAAAGAAGGACGAGCUGUCCAGGAAGAUGAGACACAUUGAGGAGCUGUGUAACAUGACGGAUCCACUGACUGUCUUACAGGAUCCAGACACAGGUGACUUGUGUUAUCCUGAGGAGGGGGAAGGGGAUGAGGACACAGGGGGACAUGAUAAGACACAUGAUGUAGAUGAUCUGGAUGCGACUGUGAUCUCAGACACAUUCCACACAUUAUGUGACAUAAUAUCAGGUAUAAGGAUCUAUGGGGAGGAUCCUGCAGACAUAUUACUGGAUCUAAACACGGCUGGUAAUAAUCUCCUUAUAUCAGAUGACCAAAAAACUGCAACAUGGACAGAAGAGAAGCAGAAUCGUCCAGAAACAGCAGAGAGAUUCCAGAAAUAUCAGGUGAUGAGCAGAAGGAGAUUUACCUCAGGACGACAUUACUGGGAUGUGGAGAUCAGUAGAUCAGGAUCGAUGUGGAGGGUGGGGAUGUGUUAUCUCAGUAUAAACAGGAGGGGAGAUCAAUCAUCCAUUGGAAAUAAUAACAAGUCCUGGAGUUUAUAUGGUGAGCAGGGGUAUAUUAAUGAGUAUUUAGUGAUACAUGACGGUAAAGUGACCCAGUUGCCUCACAAUAUCUCCAGUAAUAGAGUCAGGAUCUGUCUGGAUUAUGAGACCGGGCAGCUGUCCUUUUAUGAGCUGUGUGACCCCAUCAGACACUUACACACCUUCACCACCACCUUCACCGAGCCCCUUCAUGCUGCAUUAUGUGUAUGGGGAGGUUCUAUAAAGAUAUUAGGGGGAGGCAGAAACUGGGAGAAACCAUCAUAACCUAAGAAAAUGCUAAGAGAAACAGAGAUUCUGAUUGGUGGAAUAUUUAGCGAAUGGGAUGAAUGAGAAGGCGGGGCUACAGUGGAUGAUUCCUACAUGGUCUAAGUGAUUGACACAUUUCUACAUAUUGGGGCAGUCAGGUGUUUAGAGGAUUAUUUCUGCCAAAAUAAUAUUAAAGGGGAUUUCACAGGGUAAUAUUGUCUAAGACCAAAGGGUAGAAAUUUAUACCUAUCAUAGUUAUAGUGCCCGCUUUAAAGCUUUUACAGUAACCAGCAAUGUACACAUAGUGCCUCCAUAAUGUUUUCUCUAUUCUGUAGAUAACACCAUAAUAGUGUCUCCGUUUCUUGCACUCUGCAUGUGCAUGUAAAAGUCUAUAUUAUAUAUACAUAUAUAUACACAAAAGCAAUUCCCUUCUAUAAUAAACCUUGUGAGUCAUCCUGACAUGAUCUAAACAAAAAUUAACCCCUUAAUGACCCAGCCUGGUUGUACCUAGAAGCAUGGGUCAAGUUCUGGAAAAAAAAGUGUGGGAACUCACCCAAGAUUUCCACUUAAAGGGGUACUCUGACCCUAAGACAUCUUAUCCCCUAUCCUUUGGAUAAGAUGCCUGAUGCUGGGGACCCCCGCAAUCAUUCAUGCAGCACCCCGCUAUCAUCAGCCUCCGGAGCGAACAUCGGUGAUGUGACGUCACGAUACUCUGGCCCAGUGAUCGUGAUUCAUCAGAACGGGAGUGAUGUUCACUCCGGAGGCUGAUGAUAGCUGGGUGCUGCAUGAAAGAUUGUGGGGGUCCCCAGCGGCGUGACCCCCUGCGAUCAGGCGGGUGAAUUUUUUUAAAAUAUGCACUUUUGCAACUUUUAGGGGCUUACGUUUUUAAGUAGCGCACAUGACUGUAAAACUGGCAUGUUCUUUUUACUCUGUGGGUCAAUAUGAUUACAACUAUUCACAUAUAUACAUAGCUCUUGUUAAAUUACACAAACUGUCCUAUUCUGACCCCUAUACUAAUUUUAUUUUCUUGUUUAUGGGGCUGAAUAAGGGUAAUUUUUUGUGCCGUGAUUUUUAGUUUUUAUCGGUACCAUUAAGUUUUUUUGAAAAUAUAUAUUUUUUAAUGAUGUAACUGUAAUCUGCCAUUUUGCCAUGUUUUUUUCCCCCCCACUGUUCACCAUAUGGGAUCAAUAACAUAUCUUAAUAUUUGAAAAAAUUCUGCACACAGUUUUAUCAAAAAUCUGUUGUUUUAUGAUUUCAGUUUUAUUAAGGAGAAUUUUUUUCUAUUA